GAAACAUAAAAUGGCCACUACCGACUUAAAUCACUUUCUCUCCAUUCCUUGGUGCGCAAAACUCCUCAACGACCCUAGUGUGGCAUUUCUCCACACCCACGACAAGUUUCAAGAUUCCAUCAGAAAUCAGGGAUUAUUCGCCGACGGUGUCUCGAGUCUCAAAAAUGGCGUCAGGGCUCAACUGGCGUUCUACCACCGACAGCCUCAACAAGCGGUAGACCCUCAGGCCCCCUUUCCUGAGCUGUCUGUAAUGUUCGACCUGGGCACCGGCGUCUCGGGUUGGCCUGGAAUAAGCCACGGCGGGUUCGUCUCGUAUAUAUUCGACACUGUGGCGGGUCGGUUGGCAAUGUGCAAUAUUGAUAGCCCCCCUGAGGAAACGGUAUCGCCUUUCACGAUGACGGCUAAAUUGGACGUCAACUACCGAAAACCAGUUCGAUUAGAUCAGGUGCUGAUUGUGACGGCUGUGAUCGAGAAGAUUGAAGGACGCAAGAUGCAUGUCUGUGUGAAACUUGAGGAUGAGUCGAGGGAGGUCUUGAGCGACGGUGCUGCGCUAUUCCUACUCACAAAUGUGCCCCGGCUUUAGGCUUGGGAGGUGAUAUUAUGGCCACGUAUGUCUGUUGAGCAGACUGACA